GAUGGCGAAGAUCAUCUGCUGGGGCAUUAUCAAUUUAUCAUACCCUUCUUCAUCUAUCUGAAUGACUUCACCAGCUUCUGUGGUCAGUGACUUCAAUAUUGCUUCUCAAAUUUCUUUUCUGGGGUUUGAUUAUAUGUUUCAAGAUUUUGUUCUGCACAUGUGAUGUUGGUUCAAGGUAUCUAUUAAUGUUCAUGCUUGUCAUUUGCUUUCUUUAGUGGUACAAGUAUCUUAAAUUUUGUCAACUUGAAAAUAGGAAGAUGGAAAACUCCAUUGUUCGCCUGCUUAUUCCCUGAUAAGAGGUAAUAUAUUAUAAUGUUUUUUCACCUUUUGUAAUCCUCAUAUAGAAGUUGUGUUGCAGUAAACAUUCGAGUCGGAAGCUGACACAUAAUGGACUAGUCUGUAUAUUGUCAAGAAUUUGGCACUUGAUUCCUUGCUUGUGCAAUAGAAAGAUGGGAAAAAUCCAUUGUCCCUUCUGCAAUGCAAGUUCUGGCAAUGAAGAGUUGUGACUAAAUCCGAUUGAAGCAGAGUUUAGGAUUAUUGAGAUUGAUGCCAUUGUUGAUGAAAGGGUGACAUAUAAAAAUGAGUAACCUAUUAUAAACAUUGAUAGUGUUUUUCGAUGUUUUCCAUUAGGUUAAAUGACAUUGUAUAUCAAACUUUUCGCUAUGCCAAGUAGCCAUUUCUAGGUUCAAAUCUUCUGUUCAAAGUAACUAAACAAUCCAAACUCUGAUCACCAGAUUGAUUUCUGUUUUGGAUUUUUCUGUGGAUCUGGAGAAUAGAUUAGUGAAAGUUACACUACAAGGUCAAAUAUAGCUGACAGUUCUGAAAACAUUAGAUGCAGUAUACGUAAAUCUCCUCCACCUCUUCUUCUCUGACAGCACUACAACCCUUACUUAAAUUCAGUAUUGAAAGACAUUACUGUUCCUCACCAUCUCGCAAUAAAUUCAUAAGUUCCCUCUUUAUCCUUCUACUCCCAACCAAACACAUUCUCUUUUUCUGCAUAAUUGAUAAACAUCCUACAAUUACUACUCUCUCCCCCUCUCUGCCGCAUUACACUUCAGCAAAAACCAUGUCUUAUCUUCCAAAUUUCUUGCUGAUCUUCAGAACUGAUGGCCUUUUGAUCACCUUCUCCUUGACAUUUCUGCUAAUCUCGUCUUGUGUAACUUCUGUAAGCCUUUCUUUAGACUUCUACUCAUCUUCAUGUCCAAAUGUUGAACUACUGAUCAAGGACACAGUGCGUUCAGCCACCGCGGUGGACCCAACUAUCCCCGGAAAACUUCUCCGACUUGUCUUUCAUGACUGCAUUGUUGAGGGUUGUGAUGGAUCAGUGCUCGUGCAAGGAAACAAUACGGAGAGGAGUGAUCCGGCGAACACAUCUCUCGGUGGGUUUGAGGUGGUGGAGAAUGCCAAACGAUGGUUGGAAGUGUUAUGUCCUGGUAUGGUGUCUUGUGCUGACAUUCUUGUGCUUGCUGCAAGAGAUGCUGUUGAGAUUGCUGGAGGACCAUCAGUUGCAGUUCCACUCGGCCGUCUCGACAGCCGGACCUCAUCAGCGGCCAAUGUCCGGCCAAACAUGGUUGACACAAGCUUCUCCAUAGAUGAAAUGACUCAGCUCUUCUCCUCCAAAGGCUUAUCCUUAGAUGAUUUAGUAAUCCUAUCAGGAGCUCACACAAUAGGCAAGGCUCACUGCAGUGCAUUCAGUGAGAGGUUCGAAGAAGGACCGAAAGGUACCUUAGAGCCGAUAGACACCUCUCUAAACAAAGACUAUGCCAUGGAGCUCAUCAAGCAAUGUCCGGCCGGAGCAAGCGGGGCGGUGACUGUGAAUAAUGAUCCUGUCACUGCUUCUAUCUUUGAUAUUCAGUAUUAUAAGAACCUCAUCGCUGGGAAGGGCCUGUUUAGCUCUGAUUCGGUGCUGAUGAGCGAUUCGCAAACUAGAAACAGAGUUGAGGCUUUGUCUGCAAAUCAGGAUGAGUUCUUCAAGAACUGGUCAGAGUCGUUCUUGAGGAUGGUAAGCAUUGGGGUCAAAACUGGGAAUGAUCAAGGGGAGAUACGUACAAGCUGUUCUAGUUUCAAUAUUUGAGCAUGCAAAGCCAUGCAUUACGUUAGAAAUGGAGGAAAUGUGAAUGAAUUAUACUUAUGUCUGUUUGUAUGUAUGUUAUGCAUGAAUUAAAUUCGGUUUAUCGGUUAGAAUAAUUAUCGAGUGAUUUUUCGGCUUUUAAAGGUUGGAAGAUGGUUUUGUGUUUUGUGAAGAAGAUGUAAACUUGCAUUUGAUUGUUAUUAUUUGUUUGGUAAAAAAGUAUGUGUGAAUGUAUCAACGAGAAUGAUUAAAGUGUAUCAAUGGGAACA